AUGAAAUCCAAAAGAUACGACAAGAUAUACAACUGCUAUGCAAUAGGGAUAUGUUUGUCGCUUUUAGGAUUUGCCGCUGGGAUGGAAAUGAAUUCCUACUCGUGCUUGAAGAGCUACAAUGUCUUUAGCACUUUUUACGGAUUUCCAACCAAGAUUGAAGCCAAUUUGUUGAACUCGAGCAACUAUUUUGGAGCAAUUGGUAGUUAUCGACCCUCGUAUCGCGAUAAAUGCAAGCCGCCAUACUUGUCGGCAAGCUAA